CAUGUGGCAAACUCCAAAUUCACCAUCAAACCUGAAGCUGUGACAUUGCGACAUCCUGACAAAGCCACGUCGAAGCUACGAUCAAGCCCAAAGUUGCAAAUGAAGAGAUAAAAACACGUUACCAGAGUAGAAGCAGGCAAAAAGACCACACCCCUCCGAAGCAUGGACCAGGGAGCCAAAACCCUCGCCGACUGGCACCGCGAGGCCGAAGCCGGCAGGCUCGCCCUGGACGGCGCGUACGAGGCGAGCGGCCCGGACCGUCGCGCGCGGCUCGACGCGGCCGUCGAGGCGUACCAACAGGCGCUGGCGCUGAUCGGCCGGGCGUCCGUCUUCAGCCCCAACGAGACGCUCGAGGACGUGCGGACCGACUACCUGCCCUACAUGCUGGUGGAGCAUCACCUGGCCAGCCUGGCGCAAAAGGUGCCGACCGAGGGCCCUGCGGCCCGCCGCGCCGUCCUCAAGGAGUCGCGCGCCCGCCACGAGCGCUUCCUGCACCUGCUCGACUCGUACGGCGCCCUGGCCGCCCCGCAGCAGCGCCUGCUGCGCGACUACGACGAGUCGCCCGCCUCCUUCUCGACCCUGCCCGCCGACCCGGCCCGCCGCCGCGACGCGAAGAUCGCCGCGUUCCGCCGCGAGAAGGAGCUGCGCGCCAAGCUCGAGGCCCUCGGGGCCCGCGCGGCGUGGACCAAGCUUAGAGGGUCUGCGGCGGCACCCGCGACGGCAUCAACGUCGGAAGGGGACGACGAAGGCGGCGGCGGCGGCGGCGGCAACGCGCUGGAGGAGGCCGAGGCCGAGGACGCGGCCGAGGAGUGGAUCCGGCCGGCGCGCCUGACGCAGCUCGAGAUGGCGGCCGACGAGGCCCUGCAGGCGCUCGAGAGCAUCAACCGCGAGGAGGAGGUUCUGGCGCUGGCGCCCGAGCCGUUCCUGCCGCCGUCGGGCGCCACCGUCGAGGACGACGAGCGCCGACGCCGCGAGGCGGCCGAUCAGGAUUCGCAGCGGACCUCGCGCGUCGACCUGCACCGCCUGCAGUCCAUCCUCGGCGCCGGCGGCGGGCCCCUCCUCGACAAGGGCGGGAAGCCGCUGCAGCCCUUCACCAUCGUCGGCAACCGCGCCGAGCUGGCAAAGGGCGUCUUCCGGCCGGGCCACAACCUGCCGACCAUGAGCAUCGACGAGUACCUCGAGGAGGAGCGCCGGCGCGGCGGCAUCAUCGAGGGCGGCGGCGAGGCCAGCGGCAUCAUACCCGAGCCGGACGAGGACGAUGUCGAAAAGGCCGACGCCGAGAUGUACAAGGCCCGCGCCUGGGACGAGUAUGUCGAGGCCAACCCGCGCGGGUCCGGAAACACGUUGAACAGGGGUUGAGGCUCGCACACCGCACCCCCUUUGGCGCGCUUUGGGAGGGACGGAGAGGGCCCGGUCGGAUGAGAUACCCGCAGAUAGAUACAUGUGAUACCCGUUAGGUACCCCCAUUCGAAGUCGUCGACGUCAAGCUCAAGGAGAAACAUCCGCUACUUCAUGCAUACCGCCCUCUAUUGGUCAGAUCACUGUCCUAUGGCCGUGAUAUCACCUUUUCAAAGAGAGGACACCUCUUUUUAACCGCCGAGUUGAGGUAUUGCCUAGACCACGCUACAUAACAAACUCACUUGGGCACCGAGUCGCAGUCGCCCAUGGGAUCAAAUUAUGCCUACGGGUUAUCUGACAUCCGACUGAAUACAUGCCUGAGGAAAUAGAGAGGCAUACCAUCUCGGUCGGUCACCCCCUUCA